AUGUACACACACACCCUCAAGGCUGUUACUGCAUGUUGCCUCAUGCCAUGAAGGCUUCGAUUAUCAACCUGUUACAUAUGUGACUUGGUGAAUUGAAUCCUGCAGGAGUUCCUUACACCUAUAUAUAUCUCCAGUGCCCAAUUGCACAGUGAGCCAACGGUCGUUUAUCCCAGCACUAAACUGCAAUGUACCAAUCCAUCAAAAAAGUCUUAGAACAAUGCGGCAUUCUUUUCUGCACCAUCAUGAUAUCAGAAUACCUUGGAAACGCUUUCAGCGUCGUAUUUGAAGGGCUCGGGGGGCGGUUUCCGCCACCCGGUGAAGCUCCUGGUCAUGAGGAGCGCAUGGCCACGACGAACGCAGUUUUUGAUCGCGUUGAGGAAUAUUCUUUGCAGGUCGUCGGCGAGCUCGGAGUGAGCAACAGACGCCUCCAAAGUCUGACAGGUUCUCUCAAGUCAGGUGUUAAACAUGUUGUGACCAUUGGAGAUUUUAUGGAGCAGCACACAUACCUUGCGCAGCUUCCGGGCAUUGCGAUUAGCAUCAUGGUGCUACUUUCCCAAGGGUUUCUUGCCAUGAUUCUCCAGAUAGUGAAGGGUAAAAUUUUUACGUGGUUGCUAUGGUACUUAAUUGGCCUCGUCGUGCCAAAGCGCAGGUAGUUCGCGAUGCUUCAGUGCUUCACUAUGAUGAGAGGAGCGCGCGCGCGGCCGUAGAGCUGGUGCGAGGUUCCGUGAAUGUUUGGUUCGCGACUAACUCAACCCUCUGUUACGUUUGUACAAAUAUUACUUACAUGCACGAUUUUUGAUACUUGAAGUUCGCUCGUCGGUCAGCAUCAUAUAUCCAACAUAUAUCCGUAGUAGGCAGCAGUAUUUCAUGCACCCUGUAAGGGAAAAAUCAAUGUUUGACGCAGUCCUCAGAACAACCCAGGACC